CCAUGGCAGAUGCGGUGUGAGGGGCGGCGUCUCGAGCCCCGGCGCGGGCAGGCAUCGCACCCCCAAGCCAAGCCCAAGGGCUACAUACAUCCUCCACAUGUUCCCCUACCCCAGGCUAUUUUUCAAUCAUCCGGGGGCGUGAUCUAGAAGCAAGUUAACCAAGACAGCACUGAAGUCAAAGUCAAGUACAAGUUUCAGCUCCCAUACCCUUACUUCCACAUAUAUCUAAGCAGACACACAAAUAUUUUAAUAAGCACACUCCAUUAGGAUAAGAAGAGAGACAUGGCUCCUCGAGUUUUUCGCACUGAAUCUCUCAUUGUUCCGUCCCAGCAUGCACUCUUUCUUCUCUACACCAUCCUCAUAUUUCUGUCCUCCAACACAGUAGUAUUCACAUCAGCACAAGCUAGCAACAGAUCUGAGAGUGACCGGCGAGCCCUUCUCUGCUUCAAAUCCGGCAUCUCCAAGGGAUCUGCCCGUGUUCUUGGAUCAUGGCGCGAUGACUCGCUCAGCUUCUGCGGCUGGCGAGGGGUCACCUGCAGCACCACCCUCCCAAUCCGCGUCGUGUCCCUCCAACUCAGGUCUACGCUGCUCACAGGAACACUAUCCAGUUGCAUGGCAGCCCUUGGUUCUCUAGUUCAGUUGAACCUUUGGAACAAUAAGUUAUCUGGAAGCAUACCUAAAGAGAUAGGUGAGCUUCGGAGCCUCCAAACCCUGAUGCUUGCUGGAAACAGGCUUUCAGGUACCAUCCCUCUGUCAUUAGGUACAGCUGCAUCUCUUAGAUAUGUCAACCUUGCAAACAACUCUCUUAGCGGAACUAUCCCUGAUUCCUUAGCAAAUAGUUCGUCACUCAGUGAGAUCAUCUUCUCACGUAAUGACUUAUCUGGGUUGAUCCCAGCUACUUUGUUCAACUCAUCCAAACUUGUUGCUGUUGACCUCCGGUCGAAUGCUCUCUCCGGGCCUAUCCCACAUUUCCAAAAGAUGGGAGCUCUGCAAUUUCUCAGUCUUACAGGGAAUUUACUUUCUGGUACUGUACCAGCAUCUUUAGGAAAUGUUUCAUCCUUGCGUUCCCUCCUACUAGCACAAAACAUCUUAAUAGGAUCAAUUCCAGAAACUUUGGGUCAAAUUUCAAACCUAACAACGCUAGAUCUAAGUUACAAUAAUUUCUCGGGGUAUGUCCCAGCCACACUGUACAAUGUGUCAUCACUCACACUCUUUAGCUUAGGCAGCAACAAUUUUAUUGGACAGAUACCUUCUAAGAUUGGCCACUCACUUCCAAAUCUUCAAACAUUGGUAAUGGGAGGCAACGGAUUUCGUGGACCAAUCCCAGAUUCUCUGACCAACAUGUCAAAGCUCCAAGUGCUUGAUCUUUCAAGCAACUUGCUGACGGGCAUGGUGCCAUCUUUAGGAUCCUUGGCAAACUUGAGUGUACUGCUUGUAGGAGAUAAUAAACUCGAAGCUGAUGACUGGGCAUUCCUUACCUCUCUGACCAAUUGCACUCAGUUGUUAAUAUUAUCAGUAGAUGGAAAUAUCCUGAAUGGAAGUUUACCAAAAGUAGUGGGCAAACUUUCAACAAAGCUUCAGCGGUUAAGCUUUGGUAGAAACCUAAUUUCUGGAAACAUACCAGCUGAGAUAGGCAAGCUUGUAAGUCUCGCUCUGCUUGACAUGGGCCAGAACAUGCUCUCAGGACAAAUUCCCCCGAGUGUUGGGAACUUGAGCAAUUUGUUUAUCCUGGAACUAUCGAGGAAUAGAUUAUCAGGUCAGAUUCCAUCAACGGUUGGUUAUCUUCCUCAACUAGGCCAGUUUUAUCUUGAUGACAACAGUUUGUCUGGAAACAUACCAGCAACUAUAGGACAAUGCAAAAGUCUAGAUAUGCUGAACUUAUCAGUCAACAACCUUGAUGGAUCCAUACCAAGAGAACUCCUAAAUAUUUCUUCCCUUUCAUUGGGUUUGGACUUGUCAAACAACAACCUGGAUGGGCCGGUACCAAGGGAAGUUGGUAACCUGAUCAAUCUUGGCCUUCUUAAUGUUUCCAACAACAAAUUGUCUGGUAGCCUUCCUUCUGAACUUGGCAUGUGUAUUCGUCUGACAUCCCUUCAGAUUGAAAGCAACAUGCUUAGUGGGAUUAUUCCUCAGUCUCUCGUUGCACUAAGGGGCUUAGACCAAAUAGAUCUGUCGGACAACAAUUUAACUGGUGAAGUUCCGCAGUUUUUUGAGGGCUUCAGCAGCAUAAGUUACAUUGAUAUAUCAAACAACAAAUUUGAAGGGCCAAUCCCGACUGGUGGUAUAUUCAGAAAUUCAACUAAGGUAUCCCUGCAAGGUAACAAAGGGUUAUGUGAAACAGCUGCUGCCAUAUUUGGACUGCCCAUUUGUCCAACCACCUCUCCGACCACCUCAUCAACUAAAAGGAAGAUGAACACACGCCUGCUGCUGAUAAUAGCUCCAGCAGUUACUAUUGCUUUGUUCUCAUUAUUAUGUGUUGUUGUCACUGUUAGGAAGGGGACUAAAGCUCAACCAUCUGAAAGUUUCAAGGAGACAAUGAAGAGGGUGUCAUAUGGGGACAUCCUUAAAGCCACCAAUUGGUUCUCCCCGGUCAACAGGAUCAGCUCCAGUCACACAGCAUCAGUCUACAUUGGCCGGUUUGAGUUCGAAACGGAUCUAGUGGCCAUCAAGGUCUUCCAUCUUAGCGAGCAAGGUUCGAGAAAUAGCUUUUUCAGCGAGUGUGAAGUACUAAAACACACCCGCCACCGUAAUCUGGUUCAAGCUAUUACCCUGUGCUCAACGGUUGAUUUUGAGGGCGAUGAGUUCAAGGCUAUAGUAUACGAGUUCAUGGCAAAUGGUAGCCUGGACAUGUGGAUACACCCAAGGGUUGGCAGCUCAAGGAGGCUGCUGAGCUUGGGCCAGCGGAUAAGUAUUGUUGCUGAUGUGGCUUCUGCUCUGGACUAUAUGCACAACCAGCUGACACCUCCUUUGAUUCACUGUGAUUUGAAGCCGAGCAAUGUUCUGCUGGACUAUGACAUGACCUCACGCAUUGGCGAUUUCGGGUCCGCCAAGUUUCUCUCUUCAAGUAGUGGCAGCCCAGAAGGCUUCAUUGGGAUCGGAGGAACAAUCGGAUAUAUCUCUCCUGAAUAUGGGAUGGGAUGCAAAGUCUCGACAGGUGGCGACGUUUACGGUUUUGGGGUGCUGCUACUGGAGAUGCUCACGGCAAGGCGACCGACGGACGCGCUAUGCGGCAAUGCUCUCAGCCUACACAAGUAUGUCGACCUAGCCUUCCCCGAGAGGAUCGCUGAGGUUCUUGAUCCCCAUAUGCCAUCCGAGGAGGAUGAGGCGGCUGCUUCUCUGCGUAUGCAGAACUACAUUAUACCUUUGAUCAGUAUUGGCCUGAUGUGUACCAUGGAUUCGCCGCAAGAUAGACCAGGUAUGCAUGAUGUCUGUGCCAGAAUUGUUGCCAUCAAAGAGGCAUUUGUCGAGACCUUCUUGUGAUUACGGCAACUAGUAAGUUGGGCAGUGAGAUGUUAAAAAUCAUGUAUAUACAUUUAUAAGUACAGUACAGUUACUACACUACUGUAAUGCCUAUAUACACUAUUACAGUAGCUGUAUCAUUUGUAGAAUAAUUCUGACAUUUAUUUUAUUUAUCUGGUACAUAUGAACCAGUAUGCUAUGUG